AUGUUGAUGCUCCUCCCCCUCGUCGUUCACUUGGUCACUGCUCUUCCUGCAAACUGGAACGAAUCGAUCGCUUGUCCGCAUGAUGAUCUUUACUCAUCGCUCAUUCAAGAUGAUGGCAAGUUUUGCUCUAGUGUUCUUGAGGGGAAUCAUUGCGGUGCGGGAUAUAGUACGCCUGUGGAAUAUGUGAGGUAUAAUCAGACGAGGAUAGCUUCAUAUUGUGAGUGUAUUGUGACUAGUGCGUAUUCUAGCACUGCGGAGUCUAGGACGAGGGGGUAUUCGGAUUCGACGGAGGCAUCGGUUGGACAGCCUGGAUCGGGGACGUAUGCUGAGACGACUGAAGGAGUGUAUUCGACCACUGAAGGGUCGUGGAAUCAGACUGCAGCGUCUGGUGGAGAGACGACAGCACGAGAGACGACCGGGGAUAUUCCAAGGACAUCGUACACCAGCAGCAGUCCAACUACAGGAACAGCCAGCGAGAGCUUCGCGAGAUCAGAUUCAGCAGCGUCAUGGAACACCACCACAGAGUCACCAGCAGAUACCCAAGGUCCCUUCUCAGCAUCCUUCUCGAGCCAUACUUCAUCUCAUUCUCAGUCUGACAACGGCACGCAAAGUCUCACGGAUGUAACAUCACAAGCAUCGACCUAUUCAUCUGGGAUGACAAGAUCUGGCGCUACAAGCGAUUCGCUACCGUCGUCGAUUCCCGGUAACUCGACGUCGAGUCCUGUGGAGAGUGGGACACGUCUGACGGGGACUUUGACUGGGUGGAACUCGAGUAUUACUGCCCCGAGUGGCGGUAUUUCUGGGACAGGGCCUAUCCCUACUGUGUCGGUUCCAAGUAUGUCUUUAACCACUGGUUCUGUGACAACUGGUGGGAGUGUAGGUCCAGCUUGGAACACGACUUCAAACCCAACAGGGAAGAGUUCGAUUCCUACUAUCAGUCUCUCAAGUGGAAGUUCCGUGCCACUUCCAACAGGAUCAGACAUCACUAAUUCUGAGAGCUCGUCGAGUGGGAGUGUGGCUCCAAGUUGGAACACCACGUCUGCUUCGAGGGGCAAUGGCUCAGUUCCUACAGUCAGCAUCUCCAGCAGAACUUUCGUGCCCUUCCCUACAGCGUCUAGGGCCUCGUCUAGUGGCACAACAGGGACAAGCUGGAAUGGAACUACCUCCGUCUCGAUGAGCAAUGGCUCAGUACCCACGAUUAGUAUCUCCAGUGGGACGUUCGUACCGUUCCCAACAGCCUCGGUGUCCACAAGCUCUGGUGGUUCAUCAAGUGGGAGUGUAGGCUGGAAUGGUACCACGUCGAGGGGGAAUGGCUCUGUACCGACAGUUAGUAUCUCGAGUGGCACAUUCGUUCCGUUUCCAACAUUAUCGCUAUCAAGCCAAGCAAGCUCGGAGAGUAGCUUUGGUCCCAGCUGGAAUAGCACUUCUCUUCCUCCUGGGGCAAAUACGUCGGUACCGGUGACUAGUGCUUCCAGCGGAACCUUGGUGCCUUUUCCAACGUCUUCAGGGGGGUUCACUUCAGAGAGCAGUGUCGGUCCGAGCUGGAACAGUACAUCUCUUCCUCCUGGUGGUAACACCUCGUUACCGACUAUCAGUGCUUCGACUUCAGCGCAACCCUCUUCGGCAGAUAUCACUUCGGAUAGUAGCUUGGGCCCAAGUUGGAACAGCACUUCCCUUCCAUCAGGUGGUAACGUAUCGGUACCAACCGCAGGCACAUCGAGUGGCUCCGGAUCAUUUUCCCCGUUCCCGACGGCAUCACUUCCAGGUUCAUCAUCCUCGGAGGAAGCAGCAUCCAGGAGUAGUGUCUCUCCGAGCUGGAACGCCACGUCUCUACCUCCUGGUGGUAAUACCUCAGUCCCAACCGUCAGUAUAUCCAGCGAGUCCUUCAUACCGUUCCCGACGAUAUCACUACCAAGUCAAUUCUCGUCGGCCGAAGCAACAUCGGGCAGCAGUAUCUCUCCAAGCUGGAAUAACACUGCUUUACCAUCUGGCGGCAACGUGACAAUACCAACCAUCAGUAUAUCCCCGUCGCAAACCUUUGUCCCAUUUCCAACUCAGCCUUUCCCAAGCGACUCUCUCACUACAGGCCCAGAGACAAGCGGUAAUCAGUUUCCAAAUCGGAACAGUACUACUGUACCAGGGGUCAACUUCACUAUACCGUCAGUCAGUAUAAGUCGGGGUGGGACGCUGCCGUUCCCGACGCUGCCGCUGCCAAGUGAGUCGAUCACGACUGAAUCUAGGAUUGAGACAACCUCAGUGCCAAGUAGCAGCGCAAUUCCGAGCUGGAAUGGUACCACUUCUGCACCUGGAGGCAAUGUCUCCGUACCGACGAUCAGUGCAUCGCACGUUGGAACGUCAUCUCUGGUUCCGUUCCCAAGUGCAUCUUUGCCGACCGUUUCUCAAGUAACGUCAGGGUCGGCCCGAAGUGAGACUUUGGUGUCUGUUUGGAACACAACAACUUGGGGAUCUGAAGGCUCUGGUUCUGUUGCAACUGUCAGCUCCUCUGGGGCUGGUUCAAUUGUGACUCUUCCGACGGAGUCAGAAGCUUCUACCAGUUCUCAGAGUGGUGAUGUUGGGUGGAACAUCACAUCGUCCAUUUCAGGCAUUGUCUCCCUCCCAACCAUCAGUGUACCAGCCUCUGCAAUCCCAACUUUGCCCUUUCCAACAGUCUCAACCGAGGUUACCAGCACUGUUACUAGCGAAAGUGCUGUUCCGAGCCGUGAGACGACGGGCUCUGGGCCUGGGAGUACUGAAACCGUUACAUCCUUCUCGAGUCCUGCGGCUGCAACUUCAACGUCUGGUGCCUCCAACGGUUCCGCGUCACCAAGUAGUAACGCAACAACAACUGGCGUCCCCGAGUUCCCUGCCGCCAACUUCACCCAUGUUACACGCACCGCAGCCAUCUCGCAAGAAACAUGCUACACACUCCCCAACCCAGACGGUGAUUCGACUCGUCGAGCGUUACUGUACAACUCCAGACUUCGAGAAGAUAACGUCUCAAUCCCCACUCCGUAUAUCGAGUCUGUUGAGUUUGAGAAAGAUGGCAUUAAUCCGCUGUAUCUCACUGUUCGUGAUGAACAAGGCGGGAUCUACUAUGUUGACAUUUCUCAUCGGGGUAGGCUUUCGGUCGUUGAUCCUAACGGGUAUUUGGUCACGCUUGAUGCUGAGGGGAUUCACUUCUCGGGGAGCAACUGCACGUACGACAUAUCGAUCGCGAUUGAUGAUAUGUACGAGCAGAUUGCCGACUUGGCGGGUGUACAAUGUGCUGCACUCAAACGCAAGCGCGCCGAAGACUUGGACUUCAGUCAGGUUCUGUACCUGCAUGACCAAUGCGGGAACCCCGUUGGCAGGUCGGUCAGGCAGUAUCCUCAGCUUCUUGUAGGCGACACAGUCUGUGCAGAUGUCUCUGUUGAUGAUGAAACUGGUCGCUGGGACUUUGAGUGUACGUUCCCGGGAUCUGAGUCUGGAUCAUUGAGAUGUCAGUCGGCUAUCAAGAAUAAGGUCGUCGACUUCAUCAGCACAGAUCCAUUCGGCGGUGCAUGUCCAGACUUGUCCACUGUCGUCACCACGCUUGAAGAAUCAGGACAAGACAUCAUUGACCCUGAACAGCUUCGCAAAGACCUUGCCAAUCAAGGUCUGACCAGCGACAGAGCCAAGCAAGAGGCUGAUGCCGCUGUGAUCGCGUACACCCAACUCUGGCAGGCUCUUGGUGCAAUCUUCACCAAGAACACAGAGACUUCACAGGGUGCGUUGGAAGAUUACAUCGACGUAUACAACACCCACAGAAGUUUUGAAAAUGACAUCUGCCAAUCCCUCCACGAAGGCGAAAUCCCCCUCAACCUAACCCUCAUCGCUGGCGCAACAAGGAUACCCGCCAUAACAACCCUCAACUGGGCCCCCGAGACAACAAAACCCUACAACAUCACAGUCCAAGACUCAUCACGCAUCGCCUGCUGUCCCAACAGCGCAGUCGCAGAGGGAGAAGGCGCUACGUGUUCGUAUCCCCGCGACGCCAUCAUCCCCGGCACAGGGUGCGUCUGUGGUAAGAGUGCAGCAGGCGUAGGGAUUGCGUUUGAGUGGACGGAGUGUACGAAUUACAAGGGGAGCUGCGAAGCUGAUGGGGAUUGUGGGGAUGGGUAUUUGUGCCUGACAGGAAGUUGUUGCGGUGGGGGUGUUUGUGUUGAUGCGUUUGCUUGUUCGGAGAAUGGCACGGAUUUGGUGCAGCAGUUUGAUGGAGGGUUUUAG